CCCUCUCUCUCUUUCCCGCACCGUCGUUCAAAGUCUUAACCGAAUAUUACCUAGGAAAUUUCAUCUAAAAAGCUCGGAAAAACCCUAAGCAUUACUUCUCUCACACUCUCAAUGGAGUUUUGGGGUGCUGAGGUUAAAAAUGGACAGAUCUUUGAGGUUGAAUUGGAGGAUGAUGGCAGUAGGAUCUUGCAUCUUUCACAGGUUGCCCUUGGUGAGGUGACUGGUGAUAACAAGAAAGAAAAAGGAAAUGAAACUGUCUGUGUCUAUCUCAAAAUCAAUGAUGAGAAGUUUGUAAUUGGAACACUUUCUCAAGAGAAAUUCCCCCAGAUACCAUUGGAUUUGGUGUUGCAUGACAAAUUUGAGCUGUCCCAUACCUGGAAGAAUGGUAGUGUCCAUUUUACUGGGUAUUAUGUUGAUACAUCUCAAGGUGGCGAUUCUCAGUCUGAAGAGGAGCUUCCUGAACCUACAAUUAAUCCCAUAAAGCCUCAUGCAACAGAAUCUGAUCCUACUGUGUCAAAAGAGGUUAAGAUUGUGGAACCUAAAAAAGAAGAGGAUGGUAGUGAUGAUGAGGAUGAAGAUGAUACUUCUGCGGAGGAUGAAGAGUCCAGUGAUGAUCAGGAACCAGGCAUGUUGGUUAAUGGUGAGAAUGAAAGUGACGAUGAUACUGACAGUGAUGAAGAUGAUAGUGACGAAGAAAGUUCGGAUGAGGAUCAAGAGACACCGGAGAAGGCUGAACCAAGCAAGAAGAGACCUGCAGAGUCCACUACGAAGACCCCUGCUCCAGAAAAGAAGGCAAAACUGGUCACUCCGCAAAAGACAGAUGGCAAGAAAGUGGGUGGACAUACUGCAACUCCUCACCCUUCAAAGCAAGCUGGAAAAGCAUCAGCUGCCACUGGACAGGUGAAGCAGAAUCCGAAGUUAGGUGGUUCAUCAUUCCCUUGCAAGUCUUGCGGCAGGUCAUUUGGCUCUGAAAAUGCUUUACAAUCUCAUUCCAAGGCAAAGCACGGUGCUGCAGUGUAAAAAUGAUUCGGUCCAAUAUAAUAUCUUUGUUUGAAUUUUGAUAACUAUGGAAUGGACAAGUGGUGGAUAUUGACUAGUUAAAUGUUUGAAGUAAAUGUAAUUGACCUUUGUAGGGCCCUUUGAAAUUGGCUUAUGUUUUGGAUGAUGCUUUCUAUGUGAAAAGAGUAAUGUUUGCAAAUUAUAAGGCUAUUACUUAAAUGAAA